AUUUAAGUAAAAUUUUAUUUCCAAAUUCAAUAUUAAAAAUAUUACAAUAAAAUUUUGAUGCUAUAUAUCUAUUUUAAAAAAAUAUAUAUAUUUAAAAGAAGAAAAAAUUGAUUAUAAAUAUUAUAAAAAAUAAUAUUUUUAAAACACAAAAAUCAAAGAAUAUAGUAAUGUUUGACAUCCUCGAUUCUUUAACCAUUAAUCAUCUAACACUUAUUUACAGCCUCAUUUCGGUAUCGUUAAUUAUCUACGGCUUAAUUCCAGUGAUAAAAUUAUUCCGCUGCGGUUAUAACCAUCCCUUUUCUUUACCAUUCUUUGGUACCAUCUUAUGGAUAUAUUUUAAGGGCUUAAAAUGUCAAAUAGACUGGAACCGUAAAUAUGGACAAUUUUAUGCCGUGGCACAAGGCCAAACGUUGGUUUUGGUGAUAAGCAAUCCUAAUUACCUCAAAGAAAUAUUGGUUAAAAGCUUUUCCAAUUUUUCUAAUCGGAGAAUUAUUCCAAUCCCUAAUAAAUAUUUAGAUAAAUCAGUGUUUAUGACGAGAGAUGAAGAAUGGCGCCUGGAGAGGAGACUCAUAUUACCUACUUUUACUUCUCACAAAAUGAAGCACAACAUGUUUCCGCUGAUUUCAAGAUGCGCUUCUAGAAUGAUCGAUCACCUAAAAGACUCGAUAAAUAGCGAUCUUAACCCUAUCCAUAAUAAGAAUGAUGAUCAAGAAAUUGUAGUUGUCGAUACCAAAGACAUUUUUGGGUGUUACACUAUGGAUGUAAUAGCUUCGACCGCUUUUGGAUUGGAUCUGGAUUCACACAAAGAAAAUAAUCAUGCUUUUGUCAGAAAUGCAAAAAAGGCUUUCGAUAAUGAGAUAACGAAACCAAUAUUUAUCGUGAUGAUACUUUUUCCAGUCAUAAUCCCUAUAUUGAAUUACUUCAAGAUAUCACCAUUCGAAGAGUCACCUCUGCAGUUUUUUGCUGACAUCGUUGAAAAUACCAUUGAAGAGCGGAAAAAGUUUAAUAUUAAAAGAAAUGAUUACUUACAAUUGCUCCUGGACUCACACGAUAUUUAUAAUUCAAAUCAAUCGAAUUCAAAUAUAUCGCUUAAAGAAAAUGCUCGUAUCAGUAACAUUAAUGGAAGUAAAAAAGAUAUUCAUAAAAUUUCUGAUGAUAUGAUGACCAUGAAUGAAGAGGACAGCAUUGAAACCAAAACUGCUGAAAAUCAAAAUAUAUUAACCGCUGGAAUGUCUAAAGAGCAAUACAUUUCUAACGCAUUACUGUUUUUCAUAGCUGGAUAUGAGUCAACUGCAAAUGCUCUAAGUUGGACAGCUCGCACUUUGGCAUGUUAUCCUGAAAUUCAAGAGACUCUAAGGAAUGAAAUAAAACAAAAGAUUAGUCUAAAAUAUACACACUUUAGACCUCAUCUAUUAAACUAUGAUGAUAUAAUGAGCCUAAAGUAUUUGGAUCAAGUCAUUAAAGAAGUUAUGAGGUUACAUCCUCCGAAUAUAUUUUUUGAUAGAAUGGCCUCUGAAGAUUUUUAUUUAGAAGACAAAUUAAUCAAAAAGGGUACUGUUAUUGAAGUGCCUAUUUAUGCAUUGCACCGGGAUGAAAAUAUCUGGUCAUCGCCUAACGAAUUUGAUCCGGAUAGAUUUGAUCCAAAAAACUUAACUAUGGAACAUCAAUAUAGUUAUAUGCCUUUUGGUUUCGGUCCUAGAAAUUGUGUAGGUUUACGUUUUGCAAUGCUGGAGAUUAAAAUUGGACUAACUUUAAUUCUAGGGUCAAACAUACAAUUCGUUAUCGCACCUGGAGACAUUAAUUCCGAUUUAACUCCUGAUAAUACGAAAUUUAAAAAAAAUGGUACGAACUUUCCUGAAAAUGGAAUUAAAGUGGGGGUGAGAUACAUAGAAGAAAAUUAUUCAUAAUUUUUAUCUUUUUUCUAAUCAAAAUAUAUAUAUAUAUUUUUACAUAACAUUUAAGAUAAUAAAUAUGUUAACAUUCGAAAACGAGUUAUAGUAUCAUUUUUACUAAUUAGCUUGAUGAUUAUUUUGUAAAUUAUUACAACAUAGCCGUAGUUUAUAUAUUUACCUAUUUUAGUUUUUUAAAUUACUUUUAUUUCGUAUAAUAUUCUUUUAUUAUUGUAAAUAUCUUACAUUAAUCGUAGAGCUAGUAUAAACUUAAAGUUUAUAAUUAUAUAUAAUAAAUAUUUUAUUAUAUUGCCUAAAA